AUGGACUUUCUAAACAAGUUUGCUGGUCAACAUACUCAACAAAACCCAGAUCAGGGCCACCAACAAGCCGGCGGAAGUGGCGGCUUUAUGGGCAUGAUCAACAACGCUGCUGGCGGUGGACAGGCCGGUGAAGCAAAAGAGGACGGACUUUAUAAAGCUAUCGAUUGGGUGCAGGAAAAGUACCUUGGUCAAGGCGACCAAUCCAACGAAUCUGCUUUGGAGCAAGCCAAGGAUGAACAGAUCAGCGAUUUCAUCCGCGCUCAAUACAAAAGCGCGACCGGGAAGGAUUUCCCUAUUGCUGACAAGUAG